AUGGUCAAGCACAACAACCAAUUGCCCAAGAACCACUUCCACAAGGAUUGGCAGCGACGGGUCAAGACUUGGUUCGACCAGCCAGGCAGGAAGAAGAGCAGGCGGACAGCUCGGUCCAAGAAGGCCCUUGCCACCGGUGCCCAGCCCCUUCAGCGUCUCCGCUCCGUCGUCCGAUGCCCCACUCAGCGAUACAACAUCCGCGUCCGUGAGGGCCGUGGAUUUACUCUCUCCGAGCUCAAGCUCGCUGGCGUCCCGAGGAAGCAGGCAAAGGGUCUCGGAAUCGUUGUCGACCACCGCAGGCGUUCCAAGUCGGAGGAGGGCCAGAACUUGAACGUGGAGAGGCUCAAGGAGUACCGAUCGAGGCUGGUGGUCUUCCCCCGCAAGGCCGGCAAGCCUAAGAGCGGCGACGCACAGGGCGAUGACUUGACUUCGCACAUCACCCGCACCCUCCCCGGUCUCCCCUCCGUGUACGAGGCCGAGGCACCCCGUGCUAUCGAGAGCGGCGAGAAGGACGUUCAGGCAUUCAAGGCGCUGCGUGAGGCUCGGGCUGGACAGAGGAGCGAGGGAGCCAGGCAGAAGCGUCUCGCCGCCAAGGCCGCUGAGGAGGCCGCGAAGAAGUAG